UAGUGAGCAGCUAUUCUAUGACCCCCCCUAUUCUUAGCUUCACCGAGGAGGAACACAUCAUCAACGCCAAGGAUACGCUGACCGUCACUUGCAGAGGCCAGCACCCCUUGGAGUGGUCGUGGCCCGGAGGCAAGGUGGACCCUGCCGGGAAGGAGAAGACCCAGUUGGUGGCCUCAGCAACCCCCAGCAGUGGCCGGGCAAUCCGAGAAGAAGAUUGCGAGGGGACUGGCACAAAGCCAUACUGCAAAGUCCUGGUGCUGACGGAGACCCAGGCAAAUGACACGGGUUACUACCGCUGCUACUACAAGUACAUUGAUGCCAAAAUCGAGGGCACCACAGCAGUCAGCACCUAUGUGUUUGUGAGAGAUUUUGAACAGCCAUUUAUCAACAAGCCGGAGACCCUCCUCAUCAGCAAGAAGGAGAACACUUGGGUACCAUGCCUCGUGUCCAUCCCAGAUCUUAACAUCACACUGAUCUCGCAAAAUUCCCUCAUCCACCCUGACGGGAAAAGCACUUUCUGGGACAACAAGAAGGGAGUGCAGGUACCCACACACUUGAUCAGGGAGUCCUUGUUUGUCCAGUGUGAGACUGUCAUCAACAAAAAGGUCUUCAAAUCCAAUUUCUUCAUCAUCCAUAUAGCAGGGAGCGAGCUGUAUGACAUCCAGCUGUAUCCCAAGAAAGCCAUGGAGCUGUUAGUGGGAGAGAAGCUGGUCUUGAACUGCACAGUGUGGGCCGAGUUCAACUCUGGCGUCCGCUUCCAGUGGACUUACCCUGGCAAACAGAUGCAGCAGGCAGUGAUGGAGUCUGAGCGCCGAUCCCUGCAGACACACACAGAGCUCUCCAGUAUCCUCACCCUCCACAACGUCAGCCAGCAGGACCUGGGCAAGUACACGUGCACCGCCACCAACGGCGCCCAGAUGCUGGAGGAGAGCACCGAUGUCAUCGUGCACGAAAAGCCCUUCAUCAACGUGGAGUGGAGGAAGGGCCCAGUGAUAGAAGCCACCGCAGGAGAUGAAGCUGUGAAGCUGCCAGUGAAAGUUGUGGCUUACCCCCCACCAGACUUCCAGUGGUACAAGGACGGGAAGCUAAUUCCCAAGCAAUCUCAAUCUUCAAUGCAGAUCAAGGAUGUGUCGGAGCAGCAUGCUGGGACGUACACGCUGGUUCUGCGGAACAGGCUGGCAGGGCUGGAGAAGCGCAUCAGCCUCCAGUUAAUUGUCAACGUUCCUCCACGCAUCCAUGAGAAGGAAGCCUCUUCCCCGAGCAUCUACUCCCGGAGGAGCCCCCAGGCCCUCACCUGCACGGUCUAUGGCAUCCCGGCACCAGAGGUGAUCCAGUGGCAGUGGAGGCCAUGGAUGCCCUGUCGGAUGUUCUCCCGGCGCAGCCUCAAUAGCAGACACAGGGCAGCAAGGCGCCAUCAGCGGGACCGGAUGCCCGAGUGCAAGGACUGGAAAGAUGUGUCGCAGCAGGAUGCGGUGAACCCCAUCGAGAGCAUUGACACCUGGGUGGAGUUCGUGGAGGGGCGGAAUAAGACAGUGAGCAAACUGGCCAUCCAGGAGGCCAAUGUCUCCGUCAUGUACAAGUGUAUUGCCUCUAAUAAAGUGGGUCGAGACGAGCGGCUGAUCUACUUCUACGUGACCACCAUUCCAGAUGGAUUCGAGAUUGAGUCCCAGCCCUCAGAAGAGCCCAUAGAGGGGCAAGACCUACAGCUGAGCUGCAAUGCAGACAACUACACCUACGAGAACCUGCAGUGGUAUCGGCUGAACCUCUCCAAGCUCCACGACGAGGAGGGCAACCCCCUCGUGCUGGACUGCAAGAAUGUCCACCACUAUGCCACCAAGAUGCAGGGAGAGCUGCGCUUCCAGCCUGACUCCAACGAUGCGACCUUGCUGCUCACCAUCCCUAACAUCUCCCUGGGCGAGGAGGGAGACUACGUGUGUGAGGUGCAGAACAGGAAGACGCGGGAGAAGCACUGCCACAAGAAAUACAUCUCUGUGCAGGCCCUGGAGAUCCCCCGCCUCAAGCAGAACCUGACAGACAUUUGGGUGAACAUCAGCGACUCCAUAGAGAUGCGCUGUAAGGUGGACGGCAACCACGUUCCUGAAAUCAGCUGGUACAAAGAUGAGAAACUGGUGGAAGAAGUGUCAGGGAUUGACCUGGCGGACUUCAACCAGAGGCUGAGCAUUCAGAGAGUGAGGGAGGAGGAUGCUGGGCUCUACCUGUGCAGCGUCUGCAAUGCUAAGGGCUGUGUGAACUCCUCGGCCAGCGUCUCUGUGGAAGGCUCUGAUGACAGGACCAAUGUAGAGAUUGUCAUCCUGAUUGGGACUGGGGUUAUCGCUGUUUUCUUCUGGAUCCUCCUUAUCCUCAUCUUCUGUAACAUCAAAAGGCCUGCCCAUGCAGACAUCAAGACGGGCUACCUCUCCAUCAUCAUGGACCCCGGUGAGGUGCCCUUGGAGGAGCAGUGCGAGUAUCUGCCCUAUGAUUCCAGCAAGUGGGAGUUCCCGCGAGACCGCCUGCGCCUAGGUAAAGUCUUGGGUCACGGUGCCUUUGGGAAAGUGGUGGAAGCAUCAGCGUUUGGGAUCAAUAAAAGUAACAGCUGUGAGACCGUAGCAGUCAAAAUGCUGAAAGAGGGAGCUACCGCAAGUGAGCACAAGGCACUGAUGUCAGAGCUGAAGAUCCUGAUUCACAUCGGGAAUCACCUCAACGUGGUGAAUUUGCUGGGUGCCUGUACCAAACCCAAUGGUCCACUCAUGGUUAUUGUUGAGUUCUGCAAGUAUGGAAACCUCUCCAACUACCUGCGGACCAAGCGGGAAGGAUUCAGUCCUUACAGGGAGAAGUCUCCCAGGCUGCGUAUUCAGGUCCAGUCCAUCGUGGAGGCAGUGAGAGCAGACAGGAGGAGUCGUUCUGGGACUAGCGACAGCGCUAUCUUCAACCGCUUUCUGAUGCACAAGAGCCAGACAGCGCAGCCAAUCCAGGAAGCGGAUGACUUGUGGCAAAGUCCCUUGACAAUGGAAGACCUGAUCUGCUACAGCUUCCAGGUAGCACGUGGCAUGGAGUUCCUGGCAUCCCGAAAGUGCAUCCACAGAGACCUGGCAGCUCGCAAUAUCCUGCUGUCAGAGAACAACGUGGUAAAGAUCUGUGACUUCGGCCUGGCCCGGGACAUCUACAAGGACCCCGACUAUGUCAGGAAAGGCAGUGCCCGUCUCCCACUGAAGUGGAUGGCUCCAGAGAGCAUCUUUGACAAGGUCUACACUACCCAGAGUGAUGUCUGGUCCUUUGGGGUCCUCCUCUGGGAAAUCUUCUCGCUAGGGGCAUCUCCGUACCCUGGAGUCCAGAUCAAUGAGGAGUUCUGCCAGAGGCUCAAAGAUGGUACCAGGAUGAGAGCCCCAGAGUACGCCACAGCAGAAAUUUACCGUAUAAUGCUGAGCUGCUGGCACGGUGAUCCCAAGGAGAGACCAACUUUCUCCGACCUGGUGGAGAUACUGGGGAACCUUCUUCAGGAAAACGUCCAGCAGGAAGGAAAGGAUUACAUCCCGCUGAAUGACUCUCACAGCUCAGAAGAUGAUGGUUUCUCCCAGGUGCCUUCCUCUGCCCAGCAAAACUCAGAUGAAGAGGACUUUGACAUGAGGAUACGCUGCCACAGCCUAGCAGCAAGAUACUACAACUGCGUCUCGUUCCCUGGUUGUUUGACGGGAGGAAAUCAGAUCAGGUGUCCAUCCCGGAUAAAGACAUUUGAAGAGUUUCCCAUGACACAUACAAUGUACAAGGCACACCCGGACAAUCAAACAGACAGUGGGAUGGUUCUGGCAUCUGAGGAAUUUGAGAGGAUAGAAAACCGACACAGAAAAGAAGGUGGAUUCAGCAGUAAAGGGCCCAGCCGAACUGCGGAGCUGCCAGGGGAACAGUCGGACCUGCGGGGCAGAUGUCGGCCGUCAUACGGGUCCCAAGUCGGAGGCCAGACUUUUUACAACAGUGAAUACGGGGAGCUGUCAGAACACUCUGAGGACGGCAGCUGCACCCCGCCUGGAGAGGGGGCCAGCCCCCCCACUCUCCACGCUUCCUUCUUCUCCGAGCAGUACUAAUGGCAUCAGGCCCUGGAGGUGCUUGCCAAGGCAUCCCUUCUCACCCUCCGGGCACGUCAUCAGGGUCACUCAGAGCUUCUCCUUCAACCUAUGCCCAGCCCCAGCAGGGAACCUACCCCGAACGGAUGGGGAACACCGAUGUCCUCGGAACCGCAGCACGAUGGCCCAUGCAACACCUCCAGCUGCAGCUUCCCUGUGCCGGGUCUGGAGAGAGCGCCUCACUGAUUCCUCACAUUUCUUUUCUUCCUGCGGCUCAGACAGAUGCAUUCUGCCAGCAAGUGGGUGCCUGUGUUCAGCACUACAGCACCUUCUGCCUAGCAUCCAGCCUCCACUCAGAUCAGCUUCCCAUUCAGAAAGCCCAUUUCAGGUCAGAUAUAAAUAGAUCUGUCUUAGUCUCAAGUUUCUUCCUGGUGUGCAGCCUGAAUGUUUUUCCUUGGAUUGCUUCCUCCUCCUCUCCUCAUGAUGUCAUCUGCUGAGCUGUGGAGCAGAAUCAAAGGGAAGAAAUCCCUAGUGGUAUUAGCAGCAAGAGCAGGACAUUUCAGAGAGGUGUACGUAGAGAUCCCGAGGGAUCUUUGUAAAUGUUCAUGCACACUGCUCAUUCCAGGUGGGUGCCAGCCUCUCCAUCUCCUCUGCAAGCAACACCCACACCCCUCUCAUCUCUGCUGGGGGGAAACCUGUCAAUCUGCCU